CCCAACCGGAAGCCGCGGGAUUUGAACAACACCAAAUCUGUCACCGAAUGAAAUGACAAUGGGCCCAAAAAAGACCAGGAAAGCAACCAAAAAAGUAAAAUCGAAGAAAGAGAACAAAGAAAAUAUUAAUCUUGCCAACGUUGUAUCGAAAUACGAUGCCAGUUUUGAUGAAUAUAAGAUGUACUUUGCUGAAAAUAGAUUGAAGACAUUCACUUCCGACUGGCCGUUCGAUGAAGACAGUGCUUGCAAUCCAACAUCAUUAUCAGAUGCUGGUUUCUACCAUAUACCAAGCAGUGAGGCGCCCGAUGCCUGCCGUUGUUUCUGCUGCUACAAGGAGCUUGAUGGAUGGGAGCCAGAGGACGACCCUAGGGAAGAACAUAAAAAGCACUCUGGUUCAUGCACAUUUCUGUCCCUGAAGAAGCCAGUAGAGCAGCUCACUGUGCAGGCGUUCCUGAAGCUUGAGUGUGACCGGCAGGUUAAUAAAGCUGCAAAGCAUUUUCACAUGAAGAUACAGGAAGUUGAGGAUUACUGUAAAACUGUUGAAAAAGAGAUGAAAAAGUUGACUGCAAGGCGUUGACCACAGUUCUCCAUGUCAACAACAAAGUGAAGACAUCAUCAAUGAUUGGAGUUUACUUAACAGUAACAAAAUGCCUCCAAAAGGUUGCAAAAUGGAUAAAAGACUAGAAGCAAAUAUCAAUACUGUAGUCUAAAAUAUAAAUUGACAAUUUAAUGUACAAUAGGAGGGUCAUUAAAAAACAGAUUGUGUACAUAAAACAUCUAAUUGGAUGGCAUAAUUAUAAUUAUAUAUACCACAGGAAAUGUCACAAUCUCCUCUUAUUGUUCCAAAGUUCUUCCAGGUACAUUGUUUGUGCUUGAUGAAGUUAUAUUUCAAAGUGGGCGAGGUAGAGCAACCCAAUGACAUUGUUUUCAUUUGUGCAAAAAUAUCAUUAUUUAGCAAUGAAAUGUUUUAUCAAUUUAUUUAUUUUUUUAUUUGAUUUUAAUUACAGGGGAAUAGAUGUCUAAACAAUAUAAUAAUUGCAAAGUAUCAUUCAUUAAACAGUUACUUUUUUUAUUUAAGUUGCAUGUUUGCAUAGCACACCGUACUGAGAUAACAAUAUGAUUUUUUUGUGUUUCAAUGUGCUUGUUGCAACAUUGUAACAUUAAACGAAUACAUGGUUGUAUCGCUGCACCUAUAAGAAGUUUGAGAGUACCAAAAUAAUUUACAGAAAUAAAAACUUUACAAUAAUUUGUGUGCUCCAAGUUAAAGUGGUCUUUUAUUGUGUAAACAAUCGAUCAAAAUGCCAACAACACAAUACAUUUAGUUCAUAGAAUCACGAAAUAUUAUGAAGCGACAUAAAAAAUUAAUAACUUCAAUAUUAAGAUAAUCUGUCUGUCCUUGUUUACAAGAUAUCAAGAAUGAUGUCUACAUGCUAUCUCAUAAUAUGCAUGUUUUGUUUGCCUGUAAAUGUUAAUAAAUGAAAUAUCUAUUACUC